AUGGAUUUCCUGCGAACCCGCUCCCGCAAGACCCUGAAGAAGCCCAAAAGUCCAAAAUCCCCGGACUCCACCUCUAGUCUGCGCAGCGUUGCGGAAGACAUGGCAGCUAAUAGCUCACCCAUAGAGUUCCACGACGAUUCUUCUAGAAGCAGUGAGGACGCCCAGCUGCCACCCUAUGAACCUACAGAAUCGCUCUCUCCAGUGUCGAAGAACGCCAUGAAUGCUCUGAAGAUCACUUCAAGCCCAACCCAAGACCACAAGAACAGUCCGCGGAACAGUAUAAGAAACUCUCCUCAUACGACAAUUCGGUCCGUGACCGCCGAUGCCGUGCCUCUAGCUUCCAUCUCCAACGAAAGCGAUCGAACGACGCCCACCAAAAGCGAGAAAAAUAACAUGCCUCACGCCACAAAACCUCCUGCCAUAUCCACCACCCACUCAAGCCCUCCUCUGUCAUGGCAAAACUCAAAUGCGAUGCCAGUCGGGAACGGCGUAGUCCGCUCUAUUUCGUCCGAAUUUACCCUCACAAGAAAGUACUCCAACAACAACCUACACCUAAACGAAGAGAAUGCUGCUCCCAAUGGCAAUGCAUUAGCACCUGGGCCACAGGCACCGAUGCAACAAUGGAGCUCUGCGGUUGGUCGAGCGAAUUUGGGCAAAUCUGGAAGAGUUAUUGAUAGACUGAUGAGCGAAAAUGAUAUGCUUAAGCGGGAUCUUAAUAUCGAACGCCUAAACACGGAAGAAUCAAAACAAGCCCUUAGAAUGGCCGAAGCCAAGAUGGAGCAGAUGGCACAGGAAUUUGAGAGCCGCCUCCACGAGGCAUCGGUCCAGAAGACCCUACUCAAGCGAAAAGAGAGACAGGUUGAGGACAUGAAGGGUCUGAUCGACGUGGAAAAACGGAAGACUGAAGCUGCCUUGAGCACCGAGCGUACAUGGAAGGAGGAGCUUGAAAAGACACAGAAAGAAGCCAGGAUAAGGGUAGAGGAAGCUGAGAAUUACGCUGGAUUGAUGGAGGGCAGAGUCUCGGCCAUGUCAAGUCAUUGGAAGGAUCAGGGCGCAUUACUUCAGAAGUCAGUCCGGGGGUUGGAGACUGAAAUUAAAACCCUGUGUGAGGAACGAAGAAACGACGAUCAGAAGAUCAAAACUUUGAACGGGAUUUGCGACCAACAGAGGACUGAAUUGAUACGCCUCAACGAAGAAAAGAAUAGGAUUUUCGACUUGUUCGAUACUUAUAAGAAGGCUCAAGAGGAUGGCUUAGUCGACAUCAAGAAACACGCCAAAGAUCAGGCAAAGUUGAACGAGUCACUAAUCGACGAAUCGAAAAAGACCCUCGGGGAGUUGAGGUGGGCACUGGCGGUAAAGAAGAAUGUCAAAGAUGCCCAGUAA